AUGAUAGCUUUAAGGCUGGUUAAAGAUUUAAUAACUGGUUUAAGUAAACGAUAUGCUUUAAUAGAGUAUGAAACAUUUAAAAUGGCAUUGAAUACUUAUGUACUUUGUAAAAAACUAUUACUAAAGAAUUCUGAGGAAUUUGUGGACUUUGAAUGUGGACGAUUACUACCUGGUUGGAAACCUCGAAGAUUAGGUUUAGGUUUUGGAGGUGAAAAACAAUCAGGUCAACUUAGAUUUGGCGGUAGAGUAAGAAGUUUUAGACCACCUUUAAAUCUGGACGACUUUAAAAUGAAUAGAUCAAAUAAUAAAAAAGACAAAGAAAUUAGAAAAUCAAUUACAACUCAAUCUACUAGAAACAUUCAUUCAAAUUCUGUUAGCGUUUCAAAUACAUCUUUACCUUUAACGCCACCUGCAAAUUCAAUUCCACCUUCUUGGAAUUAUAUUAAAUUUCAAUUAACUUAUUGA